GAUGGAUGAUAACGACCCAUUGCAUCGUCACGAACUUGUGAAAACGGCCUUCAUCUCAAGAUCAGAUUCAGAUGUGGUUCUCGUAUAAUGGGAACUGUACACAUGGUAUUUACACCUUACUAGUAACUACUGUUAUGUCCUUCUCUAUGGUGGUCCAGUCCAGCAUUUUGCAUUAACCACUUGUCUUUCUGCUAUGCCAUUUUAUGCCAAAAUUUUCGUGGGAGAGGUGUGCAAAUUGCGUAAGCAUGAAGACCCGAUACAGGCUGCAGAGCGACAGAACCCUCUGAAUAAUCGUAAAUCGGAACUGAGUCCACUCCGCAUCCAUUCGUGUAUGCCCACGGCGCGCACUACCUCUCCAGUCCGCACCGAUGAAGAGACCUGCGUCAGGGUGUGGCGACCAGCCGAACCUCUUUCUCGAAUUCGCAGAACUAAUCCUUCCAUGGCUACCUCCUCCUGAUAUGGCCUCCGUUUCCUCGACUUGCAGGACCCUCCGCCGCAUGGCACAAGCCAUUACCGAACGCCGCUGCUCAGACGCUUCCAGAGGCCUCGAGAAGUACCCCAUUCCCUUCUGCAACCCCGUCGAUGAUGAGCCUUACGCGUACUUCCUUUACACCUCGCAUGCGGUCUUGGGCAACCGUUCUUCCUCGAUAUUGUCUCAAUCGUGGGGCGGAAACUAUAGCUGUCCUUCAAAGUUUGGCCCUGCCCACGAACUUUCUUCCUUAGAUGUUGAUGUUUCUGAAGGGUGUUGCUGUAGAGAGUGCUCUGUUGGCCACGACGGACGAGGAGGAUGCCCAUGUUUGGGUUUCAAUGAGUUGUUAAGUGUAGUGGAGUUGGGCGUCGGGUCGAGGAUGGAGUGUGGGAACAGCUGUUCUUGCAGUAUUGAUUGUCCCAACCGACCAACACAACGAGGGAUUGCUGUGAAGCUGAGAAUCGUGAAGCAUUUGAAAAAAGGUUGGGGAUUGCACGCAGCAGAGUUCGUCCCACGUGGAGAAUUCUUGUGUGAAUAUGUUGGUGAGCUUUUGACAACAGAAGAAUCAAGGAAACGGCAACAAGAGUAUGAUAAGUAUGUGUCCACUGGCCACUUUUCUCCUGCACUGCUAGUUGUUCGAGAGCAUCUCCCAUCAGGCAAAGCCUGUCUAAGGUUAAAUAUAGACGCCACUAGAAUUGGAAAUGUUGCCAGAUUUAUCAACCACGCGUGUGAUGGUGGAAAUCUUUCAACUGUACUACUACGUCAUUCUGGUGCAUUACUUCCUCGUUUAUGUUUCUUUGCUGCUAGAGAUAUAGACGAAGGGGAGGAGCUUGCUUUUAGUUAUGGUGAUGUCAGGCAAGGACAUCGUGCGGUACCAUGCUUUUGUGGUAGCUCAAAUUGCUCUGGUUUGUUGCCAUAUGAGCAGACGUAGAAGUCUUCUUUGGUUGUGUUUUGUUUUCCAUAUUGGAAGGCAGUGCCUUGGGUUCGCAUGAUUGGUUUCGAUGGUUUCAAUAUGUUCAUUGUACUUACUGCUUAUGUGAAGAAAAUGCAUAAAUAGGAAGAACAUUCUUUGAAA